GUCAAAGUCAACAAACAAUAAUGAAAACUUCCAACUAAAGAGUAGGUACCUACCUAGAGAAAAAAGCAUAAACAGAAACAGAAUUAAACAAAUAAUACAAGCUUAUCUUUAAAUAAUUAUUUUAUCUUAUUGUAGGACGAUACAAGGGGGAUUAACUAUGAAAGAGGAGCCAGUGUUGCUGGAGAGGUCGGCUGACGCCAAGGAGCUGGCAGACGCCUUCACGCAUGCCAACAGUGCCUCCGACACUGACUUGUCGGAGGCGGCGCUGGGCGCGCUGCUGGAGGAGGAGGCGGAGGGCGGCGACGCGGAGCGCCGUGUGCGGCGCCUCGGCGAGCGCGUGGCGAGGCUCGACGCGCUCAACGUGGCCGGCAUGCUCGCCGCCGCCACCGAGGGCGGGGGCGCCGGCGCGCGCCUGUCGUCGCGGCUGGAGGAGGGCGCGGCGCGCGGCGCGGAGCUGGCGGCGCGCGUGCGGCGCUGCGCGGCGCUGGCCCGCGGCGCGCCCGACGCCGUGCUGGCGCGCUCGGGCGCGGCGCGGGCCGACGCGGGCGCGCGCGCGCUGCUGCGGGAGCUGGCCGAGAUCUACGAGUGGCUGGACCCGCCGCCGCUCCGGGACCUCGACGAUCUGGCCGAGAUAUCGCUCGGCAGCGCGGAGGGGCGCGCGCGCGCGCUGGCGGCCGCCGCGGCGCUGCGCUCGGCGCUGCGGGGCGCGGCCCGCCAGCCGCCGCACCGGCGCCGCCUGGCCGCCGCGCGCGAGCGGCUGCGGCGGCUGGCGCGCGCGCGCGACCAGCUGGCGGCGGCGCUGGCGCGGCACCUCAACAACGCGCUCAUCCACCUCGCCAACGAGGCGCGCGCGCACCACGCCGACCUGCUGCCGUACGCGCCCUUCAUGCGCUGGCUCAAGGACAUGGACGAGAAGGCCUUCGACGGGCUCGCCAAGGUGUACGUGAGCACGUGGUCGCGCGUGUACGAGCGCGAGACGCGCGCCGCCUGCGACGGUGCGCGCGCGCAGCUCGCUAACAACAGCGAGCAGGCCGACACUCUACUGGACGGGGUAUUAACAUUCGUCGAAAAUCUCUGCAACGCCGAACAAGAUUUUUGUGCGCAAUUCUUUUAUUUGGACGUCGAUGUCAAGGGCGAGGGCAGCGACGGCGAGCUGUCGGACGCGGGGUCGCGGCGCGCGGGGGUGGCGGGGGGUGCGGGGGGCGCGGCGGGGGCGGGGGCGGGGGCGGAGGCGCGCCGGCUCAUGGCCGAGCUGUUCCCGAAGCUGGAGGCCGAGCUGGUCGGGCUCGUCGCGCACAUCGAGCGCCAGGACCAAUACGGCGCGAUGCGCGCGCUAGCGUGCGUCGGUCGUCGCGUGCUGGGCGCGGCCGAGAGCGGCGCGGGGGCUGCGGGGGGCGGCGCGGGGGCUGCGGGGGGCGGCGCGGGGGCUGCGGGGGGCGGCGCGGGGGCUGCGGGGGGCGGCGCGGGGGCUGCGGGGGGCGAGGCGCGGUGGUCUCGUGGCGCGCUGGCGGCAGUAGCGGUGGUGGCCAAGCGCGGCGCAGACAAGUUUAUAGCAGAACGGAUUGCCGCCUUCCCCGAUGCCGUUAGGCAGGCGGCGCGGCGCCCCAAGUGCGGUCUGCUGAGCUUCCUAGCGGAGUUCGAGGAGUUCAGCGCCGCCGCGGAGGAGAUCUUCGCGCGCUCCAGGCGCGCCGACCUCGACCGCUGGUACGUGUCGCUGGGGGCGGGCAUGCUGAGCGCCAUCGCGCAGGCGGAGCACCCGCGCACGCCGCGCGCCGUGCUGCGGCUGGAGAACUACCACCGCCUGCAGGGCGUGCUGGCCGCGCGCCGCGUGCCCGCGCUGGAGCCCGCGCGGCUCGCCUGCCGCAGCCGGUACAAGGAGGCGCUGCGCAGCUACGUGACGACGUACUUCGGGCGGCCGCUGGAGAAGCUGGCGACGUUCUUCGAGGGCGUGGCGGAGGCGGUGGCGCGCGGCGUGCGCGAGGACGAGGUGGGCUUCCGCGCCGCCUACAGCAAGCACGAGCUGCGCCGCCUGCUGGCCAUGUACCCCGCGCACGAAGUCCGCAAGUCGCUGCACCGGCUGUACCGCACCGUGGACAAGCAGCUGAGCGAGGAGGGCGGCCUGCUGCAGGUGGUGUGGCGCGCGCUGCAGGAGGAGUUCCUGGCGCAGCACACCGCGCUGCAGUCCCGCAUCGCGGCGUGCUACCCGGGCGCGGGGCUGGCCCUGCCGCUGAGCACGCAGGACAUACUAGACGCCUUCUCCGACAUCGCGCGCGAGCACUGACCGCACACGCAUCAUUAUUUAUAAAGUUAUUGAAGCGCCGUGGCUACCGGACCACUGACUUCACUCAUUACACAUUGGAUUGAUUGAAGUACAGUGGAACACUCCCUGGGAGUCCAGUUUGGUCGUGAGAAAUUAACUGCUUGGAUCUUACAAUCAUUGUUAUGAUGAACUAAGAUGUUUUAUAUUAGUAUUGGCUAUCACAUAUUUAAUACAUAUUAUAAGACAUAUUUACAAAGUUAUGAUUAUGUAUGAUACAUGCUUUAUUGUUAUUAUAUGCCUAUAGAAUAGAUGACCUGUAAAAAGUAUAUUGUUUAUUAAAUUAUUUUGAGUAAAAGUA